UCUUAAUUAUCUUACAACCUGGGAUACUCAACCAGCAGGAGGAUGAACGGUCUUGUGGUCCUGCUACUUUCCUGCGCUGCGCUGUCUACCGCCUUUCCAGCAGCACAGCAAGGUGACUUAGAAGGGAGCUAUGGAGAAAUGGCAGAGAAAUACCUAAAGCGAUUUUACAAUCUGAAAACUGGGGGUCCAGUUGGCAGAAAGGUCAACAAUCCUUUUUCAGAAAAGCUUCAACAAAUGCAGAAGUUUUUCGGACUGAAGGUAACAGGCAAACUCGACCCCAAGACUGUGGAAGUUAUGCAGAAACCCCGCUGUGGUGUGAAUGAUAUCGGGGAGUAUUCCACAGUGCCAAAAAGUGCUGCUUGGCCAAAUACAGAUCUCACCUACAGAAUUGUGAACUUCACUCCUGACAUGUCACAGGCAGAUGUGGAGUAUUCCAUCCAGAGGGCUUUCAAAGUCUGGAGUGAUGUGACCACGCUGACCUUCACCAGGGUCUACCAAGGAGACUGCGACAUUGAAAUCAAAUUUGUAGUUGGAGAUCACUACGAUAACUCUCCAUUUGAUGGCCCUAAUGGACUUUUAGCCCAUGCCUUCCAGCCUGGUAGUGGGAUUGGCGGAGAUGCUCAUUUUGAUGACGAUGAGACAUUCACAAAGAACAGCCAACAGUACAAUUUGUUUCUGGUGGCCGCACAUGAAUUUGGGCAUUCCCUCGGUCUGCAUCAUUCCAGUGAUUCUGGUGCCCUAAUGUAUCCCAAUUACCCAAACACUGAUCCCAACCAAUUCCGACUUCCUCAAGAUGAUAUAAAUGCCAUACAAUCUCUAUAUGGAAAGUCAACAGGUCCAGUUCAACCAACAGGACCAAGCACCCCUACUAAGUGUGACUCCAACAUUGUCUUUGAUGCUGUGACCACCCUUCGUGGAGAACUGUUCUUCUUUGUGAACAGGUUUAUGUGGCGCAAACAUCCUCAAGCAGGUGAAGCUGAACUUCUGUUCAUCCAGUCAAUCUGGGAAUCUUUACCAAACGACAUCGAUGCUGCCUAUGAAAAUUCACUGACCGGGGAGAUUCUGGCCUUUAAAGGAGCCAAAUAUUGGACUCUUGAUGGAUUUGAUGUUGCACAAGGCAGCCGAAGCAUCGCCAAGCUGGGAUUUCCCAAAAAUGUGAAAAAAAUUGAUGCAGCUGUUCACUUCGAAAAUCUGAGAAAAACCUACUUCUUUGUGGGCAAUAAAUAUUGGAGUUAUGAUGAAGACAAACAAGCAAUGGAUGAAGGAUUUCCAAAGUUUAUUGCCAAAGGGUUUCCGGGAAUGAGUCCAAAGAUUGAUGCAGCAGUUUAUUACAGAGGUCUACUUUACUUCUUUCAAGGAACAACACAGUAUGAAUACAGCAUUGAGUCAAGGAGAAUCCUGAGAAUUCUUAGAACCAACAGCUGGCUGGGAUGUUAAAGGUCCAAAAACUGUUCCUGAGCCGUGAAUGGAGUUUACAUAUUUAUUUUGUGAAUAAUUAAACAGAAUACAUAUUUUGUGUGUAUAUAUACAUAUAUAUAUAUAUAUAUAUAUAUAUAUAUAUAAUUAUGCGAUUGUUGUUACGUGUAAUAUUGUUAUAUUAUAUAAGUAUAUUA